AUGGGGCGGGGGCCGCACCACGAUGGCACGCGCCACGGGAAGGAGGGCCGCGGGAUUUUCCGAGGAAGAAGGGGUGCGACACGACCCUACGAAAACGUUGAUGGGUGCGGCAUUUGCUGCGGGGAUUGUUCAGAAGAUGUAGCGGACGCUUCUUUUGCCAGGGGCUAUGCCACUCGGGCACGUGACGCGCUACAGGAGAAGUGCAUUCGAUUGGCGUUUCGCAGGGCGUUCCCACACAACAACCGAGUGCGCGUGCACACCACGUUUCUCACCCUCGCUGGAGUUGAUUUCAUUCUGGUGGAACGCACCAUCACUGGCUGCGACGACACGG